UUCUCACUGUCAUGGCCUAUGACCGAUAUGUAGCUAUCUGUCACCCACUGCACUAUGGAUCUAUAAUGAAGUGGAGUAGCUGCCUCCAGAUGGCAGCUGGAGCAUGGAUGGCAGGUUUCCUUAAUGCUGCUUUGCACACCAGUACUGUUUUUUCACUGCCCUUCUGCUCUAACAUAAUCCAUCAGUUUUUCUGUGAAAUCCCACAUAUUUUGAAGAUCACCUGCUCCAAUUCAUACCUUAAUGAAGUUUGGGCUCUCCUCUUUAGCACAAUAUUUAGUCUUUUCUGCUUUGUGUUCAUUGUCAUGUCCUAUGCACAGAUUUUUACUACAGUGUUUAGAAUGCCCUCCAUGGCAAACAGAUGGAAAGCCUUCACUACUUGCAUUCCCCACAUCACAGUUGUCUCCAUAUUAUUUGGCACUGGCCUGUUUACCCACCUUUUACCAACUUCUAACUCUCCAUACAAUCUGGAUGAAGUGCUUACUGUGUUAUAUACCGUGGUGCCUCCAAUGAUGAACCCAAUAAUCUACAGCAUGAGGAACAAAGAUGUCAAAGCUGCCUUGUGGAAGUUGCUUGGUUUUACUCUUGGUAAGAAGAAUGAAGAGAUACCUCCCAUUCACCUAUAA